CAUGGCCUUUCAGCCCGGGUAGCGUGCCUCUGUGACAUUAAAGAGGAAACUCCGUGAAGGGGAGGGAUGACAACAAAUUUAUCCACCAAUAGCACACUCUUUUGGCACAAAAGCACAUUCUUAUCUUUACAUCCCAUAAUGAGAAGGCAGAGACGGGACUGUUGCUGCAGCUCUCUGGGUGGGUAGCUGUACCGUGGAAGAGCCGGGUGGCUGCAAAUCGUGAGAUAUUUUCUACCACUCCUCCAGGAGAAGGACCCGUGCCGCUGUUUGCUUGCCGUGCUUUUCCCAAGCCCCCGGCGAGGAGCGCUUCUCGCACGAUGUCUGACUGCGAGGGACUGCCCGUGGAUGACAGUGCCUCUGCUGCAAGCAGUAUGGAGGUAACGGAUCGCAUUGCCUCUCUGGAGCAACGCGUCCAAAUGCAAGAAGAUGACAUCCAGCUGCUAAAAUCUGCCCUUGCUGAUGUGGUUCGACGCUUGAAUAUUACAGAAGAACAACAGGCCAUGCAAAACAAGAAAGGACCUACCAAAGCAAGACCGCUGGUACAAACACUGCCUUUAAGGACUACUGUUAAUAAUGGAACUGUGUUACCAAAGAAACCAAGUGGCUCUUUACCUUCUCCAUCAGGAACCAGAAAGGAAACCGUAUCACCAGCAGCAAAAAGGUCUGUGAAUCUUCUCAAUGCAUGCAAACUGAAAAAGCCUGCUCUAAGUACUGUUAAGAGAACCAGCUCUGCUGAGCGUGUGUCCCCAGGAGGCCGGAGGGAAAGUUAUGGAGAUUCCAAAGGGAGUCGCAACCGCACUGGAUCCACCAGCAGCUCAUCCAGUGGUAAAAAGAACAGUGAAAGCAAACCCAAGGAACCAAUGUUCAGUGCAGGGAAGCGCCGUGUGACACACUGCAAAGAGGAAGGAUAUGUAAAAAUGUUUCUUCGUGGACGUCCUGUUACCAUGUACAUGCCCAAAGAGCAAGUGGAAUCUUACAAUUUGGAAGCAAAAGUAGAACUGCCAGCCAAGAGGCUUAAACUGGAAUGGGUCUAUGGAUAUCGGGGUCGGGACUGUCGCAGUAACCUGUAUCUUCUUCCAACGGGUGAAACUGUAUAUUUCAUUGCAUCUGUAGUUGUGUUAUUCAACGUUGAAGAACAACUUCAGAGACAUUACACUGGUCAUAAUGAUGACGUGAAGUGCCUGGCUGUCCAUCCUGACAGGAUCACUAUUGCAACAGGACAAGUUGCAGGUACAUCCAAGGAUGGAAAACAAUUACCACCACACGUACGUGUUUGGGAUUCUGUAACUCUGAACACGCUACAUGUCAUUGGAAUGGGCUUUUUUGACCGAGCUGUCACUUGCAUUGCUUUUUCUAAAUCUAAUGGAGGAAGUAGUCUUUGCUCGGUGGAUGAUUCCAAUGACCAUGUGCUUUCGGUAUGGGAUUGGCAGAAGGAAGAAAAGCUGGCAGAUGUCAAGUGCUCUAAUGAGGCUGUAUUUGCUGCAGAUUUUCACCCUACUGACACAAAUAUAAUAGUUACUUGUGGAAAAUCACAUCUUUAUUUUUGGACACUAGAAGGGAAUUCCCUUAUUAAAAAGCAAGGAUUAUUUGAGAAACAAGAGAAGCCAAAGUUUGUCCUGUGUGUGACCUUUUCUGAAAAUGGUGAUACUAUUACAGGAGACUCGAGUGGAAACAUUUUGGUUUGGGGGAAAGGCACAAACAGAAUAAGCCAUGCAGUUCAAGGGGCGCAUGAGGGUGGAAUAUUCGCACUCUGCAUGCUGCGAGACGGCACACUAGUAUCAGGAGGCGGAAAAGACCGAAAGUUAAUCUCUUGGAAUGGAAAUUACCAAAAACUUCACAAAACUGAGAUUCCAGAGCAGUUUGGUCCAAUAAGAACAGUGGCUGAGGGAAAAGGUGAUGUCGUGCUAAUAGGAACUACCAGAAAUUUUGUCCUACAGGGCACACUGUCGGGAGAUUUUUUCCCUAUUACGCAGGGACACACUGAUGAGCUGUGGGGACUUGCAGUCCAUUCCUCUAAACCUCAGUUCUUCACUUGUGGACAUGACAAACACAUUACCCUCUGGGAUGCUACCACUCAUCGUCCUAUCUGGAACAAGAUUAUAGAGGAUCCAGCACAGUCUUCAGGUUUUCAUCCUUCAGCAGCUGUCGUUGCAGUAGGGACACUAACUGGAAGGUGGUUUGUGUUUGACACAGAAACAAAAGACUUGGUCACUGUACACACAGAUGGAAAUGAACAGCUGUCUGUAAUGCGUUACUCACCAGAUGGAAAUUUCCUGGCAAUAGGUUCCCAUGACAACUCUAUUUAUAUAUAUGGCGUAAACGAAAAUGGAAGAAAAUACACUAGAAUUGGCAAAUGUUCGGGUCAUUCCAGCUUCAUUACUCAUCUGGAUUGGUCUGUUAACUCACAGUAUCUUGUGUCUAAUUCAGGGGACUAUGAAAUCCUAUACUGGAUCCCCUCUGCUUGUAAACAAGUAGUGAGUGUUGAAACAACAAGAGAUAUAGAAUGGGCCACGUACACCUGUACUUUAGGAUUCCAUGUUUUUGGUGUAUGGCCUGAAGGUUCGGAUGGAACAGAUAUCAACGCUGUUUGUCGAUCACACGGGAGAAAGCUGCUGUCAACAGGGGAUGAUUUUGGCAAAGUACAUCUCUUCUCAUAUCCAUGUUCGCAAUUUAGGGCUCCCAGCCAUGUGUAUGGUGGACAUAGCAGUCACGUAACUAACGUAGACUUUCUCUGUGAAGAUACCCAUCUCAUCUCCACAGGAGGAAAAGACACAAGUAUUAUGCAGUGGCGAGUCAUAUAGAGGAAACGUCAGUGUGAACACACACAGUUGAGUCGACCAUGCACAGAACUUAUGUAUAAACUGUAUAUUUAAAACUUAACAGUAUGUUUGCAGUUUAGCCUGGUCACUGUGAUUUUUUGUUUAAAAAAUUCUUACAAACCUCAGGAAAAUUAAGCCCUGUGCUGGUUACUUUACUCAGUUUAGUGAUUUUUUUUCAUUGUUGUCACACCUGAAGAAUGAGUGUUUUUCUUUUGUGUACAGUAUACAAUGCAGUACAAUUUAAUAUAAAAAUGUGGCUUGACAGUUUGCAAUCCAGUGGUAUCAGCGGAAUGUGACUAUCUUAAAUGUUGUCUAUAAACACUGCUAAAAUGGUCACAAAAAUGCCUUUCAAAAACUGUACAUAUGUGCUUACUUGUUUCACUAUCUACACUUUGUACUGUAUAUCUACUUAUUUAGAAAAAUCUUUGGCAAUGUCAAGGUACUGAAUUGCUUCUGACAGAGGAUGAUGAAUUGAUACAAAAAGUAUAAAGAAGAUGCAAACAGUAUAGCGUUCUUGAUCUGCAAAUAUGAAUGCUGGUAAACGUACGUUCUCUUGGGAGUAGCACGCUUUGAGUACCACCUGUGAAGAGUUAUGUUCCCUUUCAGAUGAUUGAAGCAGCGGGUUGUGUCCUGGUUUGAGCUGACUAUCUCAGCAGGGUUUACAGAUGGCCUUGUGGUUCAUGUAUUCCGGAGAAGUUUCAAUUAAAAAUCUUUUUUUUGUAUAUGACAAAUUUCUUUUUGCAAAUGAAACACAAAAAGCUUGACCACAUCCCCAUUAUCAGUUGAUAUAUUUAACUAAUAUGUAUAUUAAUCAGCAUGAUGCUAUAUUGUACAUGUAUAAGAUUUUAGCAGUUCAUAACAAAUGGUAAGGCAAUCCAGCUUUACUUUUUUAUGCUUAUGGAUAUUGUAUAUUUGUAUUUUAAGACCAAGUAGACCAAGUCUAAAGAUAUCUUUUUAAGUGUACCAUAAACCUGCAUAGGGUAAAGGAAGUCUUCAAACCUACAUGAAAUAUUAAUGUGUAACUUCUGGCCCCUGUGUUUUGUGCAUGGAUGGAUAUUUAUAGUACGAAAUAAGAUUGUGUUUUGCAAUGAAGUAAUAGUGGAGGUGGUAUAAAAUGGUUAAGAAGGCCUUAUCAAUGGUGAUUGUGACACAGAUUGAAAUGUAUUGUUUACUUUGAGGAAUGUAUCUGAAGAAUUUUAAGAGAGAGGAGUCUUUAGUGGACUCGAAAAAGAUAUUAAAAUUUUGCUUGUAAUGGACAGUACGCGUUAAUUCUCUGAACUCUAAAGCACUGGUUGUUUAGAGUGAUUGAAAUGAAAUGGAAUCAAUAAAUUUUGAAACUUUUUUUUAUUACAUCUCCAACCUCCUACACUGAAAGUGCAGGACACCAAUAAACGUAUAAAAGUGAA